AUGGAUAGGACUGAGUACACGGCGAACCUACAAAGUCUGCUGUGGGACGAAGAUGCCUACCAGCUUUCGGAAGCUGGAGAGUUCAAAAAACAUGUGAACGUUGUCAACCGGGUGAUUGACAAGCUGAAGAAGGCAGGAGCCCUUAAACGAAAGGAUGCACUGACCACAAAAGCCACAGAUGCCGCGAUGGCACGUCUCUACGGUCUGCAAAACGUGCAUUAG